AUGGUGUCAUCCAAGCCCGAACUCGGCGCCUACUCCACACCCGCCGUCGGCAACACCACCGCAACAACAGAGACAGCAGCAGGAGCAGCCAAAUCUGCCUGCUGUGGCCAGAAGGACUGGGACCUUCACCCCGCCUGCAUCCGCAAGAUCGAGAACGAGGGAUCCCCCGAAGACGUCAAGCUCCUCCAUGAAAUGGAGCAUCAGUGUCCCCGCGCCGCAAAGAACCAGCUCUAA